UCUUCCAAAUUCUGGUGGCGAAAAUUGGUUCGUGAAAGAAUUUUCACAAAUUCCGCGAUUUACACAGCAAAAAUGCCAAAACUGAAGCGCACAACGUAAAGCCAGUGAAAAUGUCCGGCCACGGGCGGUCGGUUUUUCUCAAUUCUUGCAUCAAGAAGCCGUUAAAUCCGAGGAAUAAACUUCCGAACCCGUCGUACCUGGUGCCAGAGUGCAGCUUAGACCGCGGUCUGAAUGAUCCUCAAACUCAGGAAAAUGUUAACAUGAUAACGCGUAAGAAAGUCAACAGUAAGUGUCCGCUGGCACGCACCACGCUCCAGAGGAGCAACAAAUGUUGCCCAAUAACGCACCAGCUGAGAAAAGAAACCGAUAACUUCCAAUCGCUGGUUAAAUUCUAUGACAGCAUUCCGGACUAUGACGAUUUGAAUCACUUACCGAACGAGGAGUUCUACUGCAAGUUGAACACGCUCCGCAAGAAGCAGCGAGAGUUGAGAUUUGCCUGCUUCAACGACUUGGAAUCAAAUCCCAGGAAAGAGAGACGAGCUCCAGUGGUAUCGGUGGAGGCACCCACCGCAAGCGAACUCAACGAUGAUAACGAUUCGCUCCACUCGUGGAGCAAGCCUCCCUCCGUGCUGGGGGGCGGAUUCACAACGACGACCCGUAAGAAUGCCCCCAAAUCGGUGCGCAUUGAAACCACCAAAGAGGAGGACGAUUCCGAGGGUAACGCCCUUCGUCCGAAAAUUCGAGCUGGCACACCGUUCGUUUCGGACCUCGAGGAUAGCACGAAAAACGCUUCGAGUUGCACCACUCCGGUGAACUCGGAAUUCGUCGAGCGUUACGAUCGCUAUGUGAAGCGCAACCUGCGUAGUAAAUCGGCAUCCCCGAUUCGGGACUACUCCAAAAUAACCAUUCCUCGUCCGUACAAAAUGACCCAGCGUGAGGAGGAGGGACGAGCCCUCCAGGAGCUACUCAUCGCUAGUAGGGAGGCUUUCUCGUCCAAGGAAGCACUCCACAAGUCGCCGUCUCAUCAAAUCAAAGCCAAUCCGGUUCCGAUAACCUCGCGUAUCCCACUGUUCGAUACGAUUGUUGCCGACCAGGAAUAUCGCAAUCGUUUGGCCAAACUGAACGCCGAAAUAGAGCUUCAAUCGCAAAUGCAACCGUUCCACUUCAGCGAGCGCCUGAGCCGUCCCAACAGUCGCUGCCUCAGUCGAAGUCUAUCCUCGCCUGCGCUGCUAACCACGGGAUUUGAGCGAGAGCCUAAACCUGCGCACACCUUUAAGGCUAAACCCUGCCCGAAGAACCUUUUCAGCAAUUACUUUUACUUCAAAAUGUGGGAGGAUGAGUACUUCCGCAAUAUGAGCAAACGCGUGCGAGCGGAGGAACUCCUGAAGCAGUCUCAUCUGCCACCUUCGAUGGCUCGCAGAGAGAAAACCAUCUCACGAAGGAGUUGUCUCUCACGAGCUGAUUCGCUCAAUUCGACCGACGGGCAUGGAAAGAAAAGCAAACGGAAACGGAAAGCGAAACGUAGCGCGAAGCGCAAAAAGAGCAUCGAGGAACGAUGCGCCGAGUAUUUCGCAGGAGCGGUGUCCAACGCGCCGGAAAAACCACAGCCGAAGAGCAGCGGUCGGCCAUUAUAUCCAUCCAGCAACUCUAGCUGCAGCACAAGUGGGGAUCUCGGCACAAAUCCGGCUCCGAUAUAUCCGGUGAAUAGACCCAAUUUGGCAGCAACGCUGCGCACGGAAUGGUGUCGUAAGAAGCUUCGCGACAUAGAGCUAGAGGACAGUGGAGCCGUCAAGAAACCAAGUAGACCCCAGUGGGGUGUUAAGAAGAGUCAGGCUUUCCAAAACUUGAACCUUGACCAUAGCCAUCAGGAGGAACUGAAUUUGCGGCUUGCAACACGCAAGGCGGAGCAGAAACUACGUCAGGAAGAGCACGCUAUAAACAUGGAGCUGAUGAGACAGCGCGUUAAGGCGGCUCCCUUGCUGCUGGAAGGUCCACCACAGUGGGGCCCCCGAUUAGGGCACGUGGCCCAUCGUUGUAUGACCAGUGGGGGCAGAGAGUCGGGUGCUCUUUUCCGCAAAUCCAACAAAACCAGGAGAACCUGUGGUGGUGGUGCUAAUGGGACCAAACGCGAGUCUUCUAGCUGUGGUAGGAUCGGUCAUCAUGAUCGCAGCCAUCGUUCGAACGAUAAACAGCGGAGCUCCAGUGGCAGCAAGCUGAGUAACUAUUCGUUGGACUCCAUCGGUAAGAGCAGUUCUAAGUUUUGCGAUAGUGAGGUUCUAUGCAAGCUGAACGAUGAGCUGGGAAGCUUAAGUGACGACGUUUGAUGAAGCUGUUGCGGCACAAAUAUCAUGUACCAAAAACAACGGUAAACACCAUACUGGAGGACAUGCAGCUGGAAACACCAGCGAUUAAAGAACGAAACAGCGAUGGUGUGAAUAAGGCGAAACGACUUACGAUACAUAACGGCUAAACUGAGGAGGAUGAAUCGAAUAGUGGUAUUAACGGCGAAGGCAAUAGAAGAUCAGGCUUUAAAAUUCAUCUCAUUUCAGAUGCUGCUGCUCUUCUCUCCGUGAGUAACAUAUGAAAAUAUCGGCCGGUGAUGAUCAUGAAUUGGAUGAGGAGGUUGCUUCGAAUGAUCGUGGUGUCGCUCACUUUUUGUACCGAGCUCUAAAACAUUCUCCGAAAGAUUAUUUGUUAGCCCUGGACAGCAGCUCCCUGAAUCCUGAAUGCAUCAAUUUCAUCGUCGCCAUCCUUUUCUUCUACAUCAGCUGGACCACCCACCACUGCAACAAGAAAAUCUCUUUGGUCAUAGCUUAUCUCCUAGUGCAACAUUAGGCAAACUGGAGUAUCAUCAUCAUCAUCUCUCUACAAGCGUUAGCAAUUCGUCGUUAUAGUCAGUUCGUGCCGAACGUCAAAGCUUCAGAAGUUGCAGCACGAAAACGAUCGAUUCCACUGGUGCACCGGAGGGUGGCAACAUUUUGAACUACUUAUCGGAGAAAAGCAAAGUGACAACAGAACGCCAGGGGUGCGCUCUAUAUAUUCUUUCAGUUGUUGCCCGCGGCGGGACCAGUCGCUGUAGAAGCUGUACCUCAAGCGGAAGCUGGAAUUACGAUGAACAUUUUUGGUACUUCGUGAGCUAUCGUUGGUGACGAAACAAAUGUUGCGAAUGUUAUAGAAUGUAAAGAUGAAUUUCAAUUUUUGUAUUAUUUUUUUCUUUGUAGAUUUGUAUAAUAAAAUGAUUGUAAACAACGCUCUUUAUCUUUACUUUUCAUUUCAACUUUCUUGGACACGAACCGAGCCAUAAUAAAAGUGCAGCAGUACUGCGAUC